AAGUAUUUUAACAAUGAUAUAUCAAAGUCAUCGAACAUCAAUGGUUGUAAUAACAACAUACUCAGUAUUAUUAUGGAUGCCGUUAUUUAUUGUAUUUGGUGAAAAAUUUCGAGACGAUUACAAUGGCGUAAAUAGCUCCAAACUAAUCCGAAUUGAUGGAGACAUUAUUUUUGGCGGGAUUUUUCCUAUGCAUGAGCAGAUUGUUGGAUUGAGAGGUGAAUUACCUUGUGGAGCAGUCAAAGAAGAAAAAGGAGUCCAACGUUUGGAGGCAAUGCUUUUUGCGAUCGAUGAAAUCAACAAAGAUGAAAAAUUGUUACCAAACACAACUCUUGGAGCACUCAUUCUUGAUUCAUGUAGCAGCGAUACUUAUGCCUUAGAUCAAAGUAUGGAAUUUGUCCGUUCUUAUAUGAAUCAGGAUAUGUCAGAGUAUCGAUGCGAAGAUGGAAAAGCACCACUUUAUGUACCACAUAAAUCUGUGACAGGUGUUAUCGGAGCAUCCUUCAGUGUUGUUUCUAUAAUGGUUGCAAAUAUUUUGAGACUUUUUAAGAUUCCACAAUUAAGUUAUGCUUCAACAAGUACAGAGCUUUCAGAUAAAAGUCGUUUUGAAUAUUUUAGCCGAGUCGUACCGCCGGAUAAUUUUCAAGCUCAAGCUAUGGUCGAAGUGAUUCAUCAACUUGGUUGGAAAUACGUUUCGACAGUUGCCGUUGAAGGGGAUUACGGUGAAAAAGGAAUUGCUCGCUUCAUUGGUCUAGCAUCUGAGUAUGAUAUAUGUAUAGCUAUUAGUGAAAAAAUAUUAAGAAAUUCCAAGUCGGAAGACUUUGAUCGUAUCGUUGAACGACUUGUUUCAAAACAUAAUGCAAGAGGAGUCAUUCUGUUUGUUGAUGAAGACAAUGUCCGAAAACUCUUGCAAGCUACUAUUCGUGCCAAUCGUACGGGUCAUUUCAUGUGGGUGGGUAGCGAUUCUUGGGGUGCAAAAGUUCACCCAGUUCGAGAUCAAGAAUUUGCUGCAGAGGGUGCCAUAACUAUUUUGCCGUAUGGCAAUUCGUUAAAAGAUUUCGAUGAGUAUUAUACGAAUUUACGACCUAGAGUUGGUAAUGAAUGCAAUGGACAAAGUGAGAAAAAUAUACCACACCCAAAUAAACCAGGAAAAAUAGUAAAUUGUCGAAAUGUAUGGUUUCGUGAAUUUUGGUCUCAACAUCACAAAUGCAGUUUUUCAACAUCAAAUAGCUCAUCAGCUAUAAAACGUUGUACUGGUGAUGAAAAAUUGAUUGAUUAUGAUCAGGAAGGUUUAGUUCCCUUCGUUGUUGAUGCAGUUUAUGCAAUGGCGCAUGCAGUACACAAUAUUAUAAAUGAUGAAUGUGUUGAAAAUCGUGAAACAGUUCAUUAUCUCUGUGAUAGCUUGGCUCCGGGAAUACCUGGGCAAAGUUUGCUUCAAUAUAUCCGUAAUGUUAGUUUUAUUGGUCGUCAAGGUACAGAAAUAAGGUUUAAUAGUGAUGGAGAUGCUUUUGGAUUUUAUAAUAUCUAUCAGUAUCAACGUACUGAUGAAAAUCGAUUCGAUUAUGUGCCAAUUGGUUAUUGGAAAGAAGUACUUGGUCGUGAUCGGGCAGAAGUGAUGGAUAAGUAUAAAAUUAACAGGUUAAAUCUGGACAUAAAUAUUACCCGAUGGUCUGGUGGUUCCGGUGAGGCUCAUAUACCCCGGAGUACAUGUAGUGAGGAUUGUCCAAAGGGUCAUGUUCGUAAUUUUCAGGAUGCAUGUUGCUGGAGUUGUAUGCAAUGUCCUGAAAACGCUUAUGUUUUUAAUGACUCUUGCCGAAGCUGCGAGCCCGGCUGGGCUCCAGAUAAUAAAUCCAAAUCCCGAUGUAUUAAGCUCUCAGCUGAGAUCAUUACAUGGAUGAGUCCUUGGGCAAUAGUACCACUGAGUUUUGCGAGCAUUGGUAUAUUAAUUACACUUUUUACCAUCGUUAUUUUUGUACGAUACAACCGAACUCCAGUUAUAAUGGCUUCCGGCCGUGAGUUAUGUUACGUUCUACUUAUUGGAAUUCUCUCAUGUUACGGCAUGAGUUUCAUUAUCUUGAGUGAACCAACUCGCCUUAAUUGUACAUAUCUUCGUAUUGGUUUAGGACUUUGUCUGAGUAUAUGUUAUAGUGCAAUCUUAACAAAAACAAAUCGUAUAUCACGAAUUUUUACUCAAGGAAAAAAAUGCCUGAAACGGCCGUCAUACACAUCACCUAAAAGUCAAAUAGCUAUUGCUUUAGGUAUAACUGCAAUUCAACUGAUUGGUACAAUAGUUUGGCUGAUAAUAGAACCACCUGAUAUUAAAGAAAUUUAUCCUCAUCCACUUUCUGCUGUUCUCACUUGCCGAGUUUCAACGUUUUCUCUUAUGAUGUCUCUUGUAUACAACAUGUUGCUCAUUCUCCUUUGCACACUAUAUGCUUUCAAGACACGUAAAAUACCAGCCAACUUUAAUGAAGCCAAAUACAUAGGAUUUACCAUGUACUCAACGUGCAUCGUUUGGCUCGCCUUUGUCCCCAUAUACUUUAGCACUUAUAACGAUUACACGAUUCAAAUAGCCAGUAUGUGUAUGUGUAUAAAUAUAUCGGCGACAGUUGCACUCAGCUGUCUAUUCAUACCAAAAGUAUAUUUGGUACUUUUUCAACCAAAAAAAAAUGUACGACCUGGUCACUCCAAUACUGUCACAGGUGGUCAUCCUACUGGAAUUGCUCAAAAUGUUGCGACAACUCAGUCUGGUAUUCGGUCAACAUACAGUAUGAGAUUUGUUGCAACAAGAAGUCAAACAAUGCAGAGUGUUACUUCAUGUUCACGAAGUAGCCCAGUGAAUCAAGCUAGUCAAGGUGCUGAAGAAUCAAGUAGUAAUAAAGCAGCGAAUGGCGGGGAUACUCAAAUUAGCCCAUUCUGUGAGGAGACGUUUUUCAGUUAAGUUGAUACUGUAUAUCUAUGUCAACUAUAAUAUUUAGUCAUAAAGCGAUGGACGUAUUAGGAACUUAGCCUUCAUAACAAGAUAAAUUAGCAAAAAAAAAAAUUAAUAUAUUAUAAUUAUUAAAAUGAAUAUCAAUACUUUUCAUGAUUUUAACAUUCGGUACAUGACUUUUGAAAUUAUUCAAAGUAUAUCCGUCCAGUCGUUAUUUCUUCAAAAUGCUAUAUCGCGUAAUUUCUGGAAAAAGCAACUCAAUCAUAAUCAAAAUUAAUCUUUUGUUGUUUCAUUAAAAGUAUUAAAUUGUCUUCCA